AUGAAGACUGCGCCCCUCCUCCUCGCAUCUAUACUGGCUGUAGCUAGUCCACUGAACCAGAGAGCGGCUCCGAGACCAGAGGGCAGCAUUGAUGUGCUCUUCAGAGAGGUCGGCAAAAUUUACUUUGGCACGGCUAAGGUGCGUCCCUGA